AUGGCGGGGAUUAAGCGCAGAUUCGAUACUGCAGAUGGUCGUGAUGGUAAACGGACGAAAGUUAAAGAUGGAGGGAGAGUGAAUAAAAACAAGCCGGUUGUGGAAAGCAAGUCGAAGUCGAAAAAGCCGCAGCCAAAGGUUGAGAGCAGCGAGGAUGACGAGGAGGAAGAAGAUUUUAAUUUCAGUGAAGAGGGAGUAGAUGUGGAUGAUUCCCCGUCUGACAGCGAAGAUACCACUCAGCCUCAGAAAUUGAAGACUCGUUCAAAAGGUUUGAACAGUUCGGAAAAACAGGCAAAUGGAACCGGGGGCGGUGCUCUCUCUGUAAAAAGUGGAACUUCCUCAAAAGAAUCACACGCAAAGCAAAAAGCGCUUGCGCAGGAACGCAAAGCCGCAAAACCAAAUUCCGACCUUAUUGCCCGCUCCAAGAAGCUUUGGGAACGCCUUCGCCGCAAAUCACACGUACCUCUUGAGGAGCGCAAAAAACUUGUCGCGGAGCUAUACUCUAUCAUCACGGGACGGGUAAAGGAGUUCGUUUUCAAACACGACUCCGUCCGUGUCAUUCAGACGGCGCUCAAAUAUGCCACUCCCCAACAGCGCAAGGACAUCGCGAAAGAAUUGAAGGGCAACUAUUGCAGCCUGGCGGAGAGUAAGUAUGCAAAAUUCUUAAUCGGGAAAUUACUGGUUCAUGGCGACUCGGAGGUCAGGGAUAUAAUUAUUCCCGAGUUUUAUGGACAUGUUAAGCGGCUCAUGCGGCAUCCGGAGGCGUCAUGGAUCGUGGAUGAUAUCUAUAGGACUGUUGCGACGGCUACUCAGCGGGCUAUGUUACUCCGCGAGUGGUAUGGAGCUGAGUUUGUGGUUUUCAGACCUGCGGAUGGGGUGCCGGAAACGGCAGAUUUGGCGGAGAUUAUCUCGAAAAACCCAGAAAAGAGGGGCCCUAUUAUGAAGUAUCUUCACGAGUUUACCAACCAUCUCGUUCAGAAAAAAUUUACUGGGUUCACGAUGUUGCAUGAUGCCAUGCUUCAAUAUUUCCUCAACACCACGCCUGGUAGUGAGGAGGCAGCAGAGCUUGUCCAGCUCAUCCUGGGUGAUGAGGAAGGGGACCUCGCUAAAAAUUUGGCAUUUACGAAGUCGGGUGCCCGACUGGUAUCUCUAUGUUUUGCAUAUUCGAACGCCAAAGACAGAAAACUUCUAUUGAGACUCUACAGAGGCACGAUGAAAAUGCUAGCCGGCGAUGUGAACGGACAGGUGGUCCUCCUUACAGCUUAUGAGGUUAUCGAUGACACCAAACUCUCAUCUAAAUCGAUAUUUCCAGAGCUCCUCAACCAAGCAUCUACUGCGGAAGCUCGUCACGAAGAACUUCUACUUCAAAUUAUUGACCUCACAGCCCGGAUCCCCGUCCUCUAUCCUUUUGCCGAGGAUACAACACGCUGGCUCGUCACAGACCCAGAUCACAAGAAAAUCCUCGAUGAAGUCCUAGCGAUCCGAUCCCAAACAUCCAAAAAGGACCCGAAUACCCGUCGCCAAGAGCUCGUCAAAGCCGCUUCACCGACCUUGCUUGAAUUCAUCGCCGCAAGUGCAGACUCUCUGGUUGAAUAUAGCUUUGGCUGCCAAUUCAUCACAGAAGUCCUAUUCAGUGCAGAUGGUGACAAACAGCCGCCCUAA